GCUGAUAAGAAAUACAGAGCUAAAACGACGUAACAAAAUCCGUAGCCAAUUAAAUUCCCGUUUUCCCUGUUCGCCUCAAUGUCAAACACAGUUAAAAUUCUCUGUCGAAAGGUCGCCAGUGUCAUAACCAACAGUCACUCAGUCAGGCAGCAAAUAAGAACGAUUAUGGCAACUGGAGAAGGCGCAUUGUCAUCAACAUCUGUAAGGGAAGCGGCAAUUGUGGCUGUUGGCCAAAUGUGUUCAACAGACGACAAAGUUGACAAUUUGCGUCAAGUGGAGGAGCUGGUCCGGAGAGCCAAGGCCAAGGAGGCCACGAUGCUCUUUUUACCCGAAUGCUGUGACUUUGUGGUCAAGGAUAAAAGCCAACUGCUGAGCUUAGCAGAGCCGUUAGACGGCCAACUGAUGGCCAAGUAUCGUGAGUUGGCCAAAUGCCAUCAGAUCUGGCUAUCGCUUGGCGGUAUACACGAGCUGAGGGCAUCCUCGGAAGGUGAACCCAACAAAACCUACAACGCCCAUGUGCUGCUCAAUGACAAAGGUGAACUGGCAGGUGUCUAUCACAAGUUGCAUCUGUUCGAUGUGCAGACCGAGGAGGUCAGCAUGAUGGAAUCUGACUAUGUGGCGCCGGGCAACCGGCUGGAGCGUCCCAUUGCCACACCCGCUGGUUUGCUGGGUAUGCAAAUCUGUUAUGAUUUGAGAUUCGGAGAGACGGCACUGCUGCUGCGUAAACUGGGUGCCCAGAUCCUCACCUAUCCGUCUGCCUUCACGUAUUCCACGGGCAAGGCCCACUGGGAGAUUCUACUGAGAGCGCGUGCCAUUGAAACCCAAUGCUUUGUGGUGGCAGCAGCCCAACAGGGCUGGCACAAUAAGAAACGUCAGUCCUGGGGCCAUGCCAUGAUCAUCGGUCCCUGGGGCAAUGUGCUCGCCGACUGUGGCGAACAGGAAUUGGCUGUGGCGACAGCUGAAGUGGACUUUUCCACGCUGCAGAAGAUCCACCGGAGCAUGCCCUGCUUUGAGCAUCGACGCAACGACAUGUACAGUCUGACUGCAUUCAAUUUGAAGCUGCCCAAUGCGGAGAACGCACAGGAUCGGGCAUUUGCCAACAACACCGUGGACAAAAGGACCAUAUUCUAUGAGUCCGAGCAUUGUUAUGCCUUUACCAAUCUUCGCUGUGUGGUGAAGGGUCAUGUGCUGGUCUCUACCAAGCGGGUAACUCCACGUCUCAACGGCCUCAACUGUGCCGAGGUGACGGAUCUCUUUGCCACCGUCUGCAUGAUCCAACGUAUGCUAGAGAAGAUCUAUGGCACCACUUCGGCCACGGUGACGGUACAGGAUGGAGCACAGGCUGGUCAGACCGUGCCACACGUUCACUUCCAUGUCAUGCCACGACGCAACGGCGAUUUCGGGCACAAUGAUCAGAUCUAUGUAAAGCUGGAGGAUCGUGCCGAGAAUAUGCCACCUCGUACGCUCCAGGAGCGCAUCGAUGAGGCGGAAAAGUAUCGUGACUAUCUGCAGUGCAAUAGUUAACCUGGCUCACUUUAAAUAUACUUUUGGAACUCCUCUUUUAUGUAAUGUGAUCGUCAGUAAAGCUCUUAUCAAAAAAAAAA